CUCCGCCAUUUAGCAUUACAAACAUCAAGCGACCGGGUGAAACGCAUCAUUAUAAAAAAACGUAAAGUUUUUGGUGUUUUAAAAUAAUUGUAAUCGUAUAAAAUUCAAUCUAAUUAAAAUGUCUGAAGUGGGUGCAGUGAAUGCUAAAAACACAGAUGUUGAUGAAAAUCAGACUGAUAAAAAAGGACGUAAAACAAAGAGUCCGCGUGCAUCUGUUAUAGACAAGGCACGCGAAGAAUCAGAAGCCAUAAUAAAGAGUCUUGGGGGAGAUGUUGGAGAUACAGAAGGCCGACGUAGGACUCGAUCUUCAGCCCGUGGUACUCCAGCUGCUCCACCACCACCAGCUAAAAAAGAACGGAAAACGCCAAAUCCAAAAGCUAAAGGUGUUGGUCGUGGGCGUCCUAAGAAGAACAAAGAUCCAGAAACAGACGAAACUGAUUCUCAAGAUGAAAGCAAAGAACCAAAAUCUGAAACAGAAGCUGAGAAAGUAGAGGAAAAUGAUACAAAAAAUGAUGUCACAAAAUCAGAAGAUGACGAAACCGACAAAAAAGAAACAAAAUCUGAUGAAGUAAGUAAUAACGACGAAAAAGCAGCUGAAACAACCAAUGAAAGCAAAAGCAAUAAUAACAGUGAAAGUAGUCCAGAAAAAGCAGAAACUGAUAGUAAAGUAAAUUCAUCCGAAAAUAAGGAAUCAGAGGCGAAGAGUAUCGAAAAUGGUGAAAAAGAAAAGGAAACACCGCCAGCCAAUGAAGAUGAAAAAAUGGAUACCACCGAUUCGUCAACAAAAGAAGUUAAAUCAGAUGAUGUGUGCAGUAUAAAAAAAACUGAGUGUCCGUCAAAUGAUACAGCAGCACCAGAAGUGACAGCAACAGCUGAAUAAAAACAAAAAAACAAAAGGGAGUUUUUUUAAUUUUUCUUCAUAAUUUUAGUGUUAUUUUUUUUCUUUUAUUUUCCAUUUGUACAUGCUGUUGGCUGUCCAAGCCUAGAUGAAUAUUAUAAAAUGUACUAAGAUUCUAAAUUUCUACA